GCAAACUCUAUAAGUACCCCCCUCCUCUCUCUUUCUCAAACACUCACGGUACUCAUCAUGUACACACUCACGCUAUAAGACCCUUUUCCUUCUCCACGAAGCUUUUUGUGUGCGCAAAAUUGCUCUCUCAACGCUCAAUAUCAAAAUUACAGAAAUGGAAGCAGUUACUUCAUGUACUACCCCUUGUGAUGUUGAAAAAAGGGACUUAAAGGAGUUGCUUGAAGCUUUUGGCUCUGCAUUUUCUCUUGAGGACAUAGCCUCUGCUUAUAGCAAGGCAAGGCGCAAUGUAGAUAUGGCUGGUGAAAUCCUUUGGGCAUCACAUGGAAGCACCUCUCACAGUGAUACUCACAUAUCAAAAGAUAAAUUAGAGUGUGCAAGUUCAACAUCUUCAGAACUGUCAUAUGAAUUGGAUGGUGCAAGUGCAAUGCCUUUAGAGGUGUCAUCUGAUAAUGUUCUUCAGAGCUCUUAUGGAGGAAGAAAUACCAGAGCAUUGAAGUCAAAAGUACGUCCUGUAUCAAUUGGUACCGUUUCAGGUUUCAUUGCAAAAGAUUAUUCUAGGCACAGGCCAGUAACUAAUGACUAUCCUGAAGCAACAAAACCACUGAAAAUAGAUUUUAAAGCAUUGCCAUUCGCUGACAUAUGGAGUGAAGAAGUCCCACCAAGUACGGCAGCAAGAAAGGGCACUGUGCAUGUUGAUGUUGAGGAAUUUAUGUAUAAAAUGCUUGGAGAUGGCUUCCAACUAGAUAUGAAUGUUAUCCGAAAAGUUCUUGGCCUUUGUGGUUAUGAUGUGCAAAAGAGCAUGGAGAAACUUCUUGUCCUGUCAGCUUCAACUUUGGAGAAGUGUGAUGAUGUUGUUGAUUUGGUUGGCAAAAGAUCUUCAGAGAAGCACCAAGACCUAGAUUCUGCUGGCAGUGAUGGAGCUAGAUUCAUGACAAAACAUUUACCAGAAUCGCCUAAAAGAGACAGAGACAGAUUUGCUCUUCAGAAAGAAGUUUUAGAAGCCUUGUUCAAUGUUCCUGACAGAUCUGAGGAAUCACCCAAAAGAAGGCCCCAAGUAAGGGAAGUUAGGAGAUCAAAAUGGAGACAAUUUGGUAAAUUGGAGGUUGAACCUUUGACAGACACAACCAUAGAGCAUAAGAUUGUUACGGCAAAAUCACUAGAAGUUGCAAGAGAUGAAGAUGAAGAUGAUGUGAAUAGCUUUGAGGUCCUACGCAAAGCUGUGAAGGAAUAUUGGAUCACAAUGAAACAGUACUACGAAGCUGCUGUUGAUGCAUAUGUUAAGGGUGAUCAUGCACGGGCAAACAAACUAAGGGAGCAGGGACACUUUUUUAACAGAAAGGCCCGGGAAGCAGACGAGAAAUCUGCUCAAAUGCUUCUUGAAGUCAGCCAAGGUGAUGAAAUGUCUCUUGACUUGCGUGGCCAUGAACGCAAGGAAGCUCUACAUCUACUUAGGAUUCAUUUAACUUCUUUUUCUGGCAUCUUAGCUUUUAAGUACCUUAGGGUCAUAGUGGGGACCAGCGAUGAAGAUACCACCAAAGGGGCCCGCAAACGACUGAUUCUGAAGCAGCUGGAGAAGGAAUCCAUCAAAUGGACUGAGGUAGAUGAUGGUGGGGCAAUUAUGAUCCGAGUGGAUGUUAUCAACCCAAAACGUUUGAGUUUCUCAAAAAAGUGAGUAGCAGACAACCAGGAGAUGCCUUAAAAGAGAGGUCCAACCAUUAUAUAGCUUGUGGAGAUCUGGAUAUCAUAGUUUGCAGGUGAACUUUUGUGAAUUAAAAGAAUGGUUAAGAUAGAUGCUUUACACAAAAUGGUAAGGGUGGAUGCUGAACUUCGUGUGCGUUGUGUUAAAACUGAAGUCAGACAAGUUUUUGAGCUACUAAAUCUUGUGGGAAAUUUAUAUGACGCUCUACAACCAUAUUUCUCAUAAGUAAAAUAUAGUUCCUGGUCUGCUUGGGUAAAGAAUGGCAAAUGUGGAAUUUUGUUCCAGUUCCUUUUCUUUUCUUUUCGAGCUGAACAGUGAGAGUUAUAGUUAAUACUGGCCAAUUGUAUCACUCAAAUUAUAAUGUUUGAGGUCACUGAUGGUAUAGUUGGAAUUUUUGGUAUAUGCAGUAUGAUACU